ACGCAGCAUCGACCUAUUUUAGUCCGACCCGUAAAUAGAUAAACAUUGUGGUCCGAUCACCGAUGCAGUUUUGCAAUCUUCUUCUGGUGUGUGGAAGUGUGAUGAACAAUGAUUUAUUACACUGAGAAAGAAAUUAAGGAAGAAAUAGAAAAGGGUAAAAUAAUUAUCCUGAGAGGGGACCAGGUCUAUGAUGUGACGGACUUCGCCGACAGACACCCAGGUGGAAAGGAAUACCUGGUCAAACAUGUUGGAAAAGAUGUUACACAACACAUGCAAAGUGAAACUUAUCACCAUCAUAGUUUAGCAGCCUAUACAAUUCUAAAGAAAUAUUGCAUUGGAAAUUUAAUGCAGAAAAAUGGGAAUCUUAGACACAGAAAUGGAACAGUGAAAAAUGGAACAGUGAAUGGCACAGCCAACGGAACAGCCAAUGGAAUUUCCCACAAGAAUGGAACCGUCCAUACAAAUGGUCACAGUGUGCACCAUGAUAAUACAUUUCCAGAUGACCCCAUUGACUGGAAUGAACCAAUACUAUUUCAAGUUCCUAAGCUAGGUGACCGUUACUUUGAGUGGGUCCAUCGGCCGGUGGACGGUCACCUGCGCCUGAUGAAGUCCGAGGUCUGUGAGUACUUUUCCCAGUGCCCCUGGUAUGUGGUGCCAUUAGUUUGGAUCCCCGUGGUUCUAUUAAUGUUGUACACCUCCUAUUCAAGUCUCCAAGAGGGACCAUGUUCCUUUGCCGUCAUCCUUACUAAAGACUAUAACUUAAGCAUUCCAGUGACUAGCUACCACAUGCCUUUACUGUUUGUGAUCGGCUUUUUGUUGUGGACGUUGGACGAGUACGUGAUUCACCGAUGGCUGUUCCAUCUAUGCCCUCCCUCCAACUACCCGGUGAUAAUGAUAUUACAUUUCCUGUUCCAUGGCCAGCAUCACAAGGCCCCCAUGGAUAAGGUGAGACUAGUGUUCCCACCCGUUCCAGCCGCUGCCCUGGGGGUGCUGGUCUACUCGGUGUACUGCCUGUUCAUGCCCCCCACCAUGGCCUUGACCGUGUUUGCGGGAAGCAUUAGUGGCUACAUUGUGUAUGACAUGAUACAUUACUAUUUACAUCAUGGAAUACCCUAUGGAAGUUAUUUCAAGUCUCUAAAAAGAUACCAUGUUAAACAUCAUUAUCAGGACCAACAAAAAGGGUUUGGUAUAUCUUCCAAAAUGUGGGAUUAUCCGUUUGGUACUCUCAUCAAGGAAUGACAUCCUGCUGAUAUCAUAAACAUGCCAUGUUCCUGUCGUAGCUGUACCGUGCAACAUACUAUGUCACACUGUGUCGUACUAUGUCAUCUGUGUCAUACUAUGUCAUACUGUGGCAUACUAUACCAUAGUAUGUUGUACUAUGUCAGAUGUAGUUCCUUCUCUGUUGUGUAUCAUUUUGAUCAAAUGUCCAAAGCAAAAGAAAUACACUUAUUGUUAAGUCGAUAAAAAAAAAUUAUAUUGUUCAUGUAUUUAAUUUUUUUUUUCCAUCUGAAAUAGUUGUUAAUUUUUUAUGCAAGGAAAUCUCCGUUUGUUUGAUGCUUUUUGUUGCUUAUAUUUGUGCUUGUUGAUUUUUUCCCUUCAAAAAUUGUUGCAAAUUUAAAAGAAAACAACAGUUUUUUUUUUUUACUGAUUGCUUGUUUUUGUCUGGAAAUUAAGAAAUAUAUUUGUUAUGACAUUUUAGAAAAAAAACUUUACCAAAUUACCGAUAGAAUAUCGCUCAAAGAAAAGUAACUCUUGCAGGCAUACAAACACCAAACCUAAAUUACCUACCUCAAAGAAAAGCUGAUCUGGGAUAUAUCAUACAACUUGUUAUUUACCUGAAUUUAUAUAUACUAAUCUUUUAACAUUCUUAUGCAGCUCUUGGAGUUGAAAGACUUGUCAAUUGAACACUGAGGCUGAUAAAUCUUGCAUUGAUAAUGUUUUGUAACAAUUUAAUCUUUAAAUAACCAUUCUCAUUUCUUUUAAAAAAUGCCCAAAAUUAAUCUAGUUGUUCUUUUUUUUUUUUUAAACAAUUUCAUGUUAUUUACCCUUCAAACAAUUCUGAUUUUUUUUUAAUUUAAAGGAAAUUCAAAUUUUAACGUUUUCCAAUCCAGUUGCACAUAUCUUGUGAUGAUCAAAUAAAAGAAGAGGACAGCUGUACUUAGAGUAGUGUUAAAGCAAAGGGCCUUUGAGAGCAUUUGUGACAAAAAGCAUUUAGUUAAUAUCUUCCUUAUGGUUGUAAAAAAAUCAAAUAAAAUUUAUUUUUUAAACACAUUUAUUUUGUGCAAAUUAUUUUUUAAAAAUCAAUAGUGCAAUUUGAAGAAUUUUUUUCUGCUAAUAUCAAAUAGAUAAAUUAAAUAAUGUAUUAAUUCUUAAUUUUUUGCAAAAUGUGAACUACAUUGAGAGAGAAACCACUUAUAUCCUUUUGUGCCUACUGUUUGAUUGCAUGGUCGAAUUUGAUGAUUAGUUCAUGAUGCAGGCAUUGGGUAUUAAAAUCAGCAUUAUUUACAGUUUAUCAAUAUUUUGCAUAAUGUAAUUAUCUCUUUUUUCAUGUAAAAUAUGUAUACUUCUUAUAUUUUAACGGCUCGUAAAAUGUUAAGAAAUGUACGCAAUAUUGUCAUGGUAUUAUGGGAGAAAAGUUUGUCACCAGAUUUUAACCUCCCAAAAAUUUUGGGGAGUUAUUAAAAAAUUGUAGUGAAAGUAUGUUAUGUUUAGAAAGAUAAUUUGAUCAUUGACAGUUCAAUUAACGUAUAUUCAAGAAAUCAAUGGACUAUAAUUCAUGUAGAACAGUUCCGUAUUGACAUAUCAUCGUUAGUAUAUAUUUAGCAGUGCUUUAGCUAGGAUUGUAAUCACAGGUGAAUUUCAUUUUUUAGUUUCCUCUUAUUCGUUGUGUUUGAUAUAUCGACUGUAGUAUUGCCUUUCAGUUCAGCUGUAGGCUUAUUUAAUCAUUAUAUAGUGCUUUAAUUUUGUCUUUAUCUAUAGUUGCUGUGUUUUAGCAGUUGAGUUUUGUUUUUUCCCUUUUCUUUUAAUCUGUAGAUCCUGAAAACCACCAUGUAAUAUUUAAUAAUUAAUGCAGCUAUUUUUUUUUCUAUAAUUAGAUGUUAAAAAUAUAUACUUAGAAAUUUGGAAAAGGGAUUUAUUUUGACAAGUAGCAUGCAGUACCAUACCUCAAUUUAUAUGAAGUUCCACACUCAAUGAAUUUUUAUGUAAGAAAUUGCCCUAAGAUAAAACUUCAGGGGAAAACUUUACAAAUUCCAGUUCUUCAAUCCAUGCAUAAAUUUAAUAUCAUCACAAAAUAUUUGAUUCGUUAAAAAUUGUUAAAUGCAUUGUUAAGCCUUGUCAAUGUAAAUUUCACCCGGGUUCUGUUAUAUUUAUUCCAUUUUAGAAAUGAGGGCUUAUUUGUUAUGGCAGAUAUAUUAGAUUUUUGUUCAGAUUAAUGAAAUAUUUUUGUCCCAUCUAUAUACUGAUAAAUCUCUGUAUGUAAUUCCUAACACAGUUAUCUAACUUUGUUUUAUCGUUUGUCCUUUAUACAUUACCUAGUUAUCUAACUUUGUUGAGUUUUUCUUGUAGCAUAAUAUAGACCACCAUAUGUAUCUUUAGUGUACAGGGUGUGAGUUUAUUUAUUAAAGAAUAUAUAUAUAUCAA